UGUAAUGAAUUUAAUAAUUAAGAGUAGUAUGGUGAAAAGUUAGUGUUCUAUACAAUGGCUCAACAAACAACUAUGUUCCAAAUAAUAAAUGCGGAUGGUGGAUCUCAAACAAUGACUCAAGAUGAAUUACAACGAUAUUAUCCAGAUGUUUAUGCAAGUCAGGUGUUAGCGUCACAAGCUUCUCCAACUUAUCAUCUGCAAUACGUGAUUAAUCAUGAAGAUCCCAAUCAACAAGUAUUUCAUAAUGCAGCUGGUCAUCAACAGGUAAUGUUACAACCGGCUGAACAACAUACAAUAGUAAAUUCCCCGGUUAAACAACCGGGAAUGAUCUCUGAUCAACAAAAUGCACAACAUUCUCAAACGAUUUAUCAUCAAACUGUAACAUCACCAAAUCAUGGACAAACUCAAUAUGUUACACAUCAUACACCAGGGAAUGUCCAACAGAUACAAACGUCUCCUCAGCAGCAACAAUUUAUUCAACAAUCACCAGUUCAACAACCUGUUGAACAACAAUAUAUUAUUCAACAAGCAGAACCCACGCCUGUACAACAACAUGAAAUUCAAACAGAUUUUAGACAACAACAACAUGUACCUCAACAACAACAAAUAUUCUACGCGACCCCUGUUAGUGAAGAAUCUCGUAUAAUAACAAACAUGGAACCUCAACAACAAGUUCAACAAGGGCAACAACAGCAACCACCUGACGAUCCACAACAAAAUAUUGAUCCGCAUUUGCAACAAUACCAAAGAUUUUUAGAUGCUCAAAAGGUGAAAAUGGAUAGUAUGGCAUCGUACGAGGCACAGCAAGUACGAGAACGUGGUAUGCAACAACAACAAUAUCAACAACCAAAUAUGCAAGAGCAACAGCAAAAUCGAAAUAUUCAACAUUAUAAUCCUAUACAACAAUCAAUGAUUGUACAGCAACAAUCACCUGUACAACAACAACAGCCAAUGCAGCAACAACCUAUGCAGUCUAUGCAACCACAACAGCCUAUGCAACAACAACCAAUUCCGCAACAACAACCUAUGCAACAACAACAACAACCCAUGCAGCAGCAACAAACCAUGCAGCAACAGCAACCACCCAUGCAGCAACAGCAACCAAUGCAACCACAACCUAUGCAGCAACAGCAACCCAUGCAACAACAACAGCAACCUUUACAACAACAACAACAACCUAUGCAACAACAACAGCCUAUGCAACAACAGCCUAUGCAACAACAGCCCAUGCAACAACAACCAAUGCCGCAACAGCAACCAAUGCAACAACAACCAAUGCCACAACAACAAUCCAUGCAGCAACAACAUUUACCUCACCAGCUGGCAGAUAAUCAAAUUGUUCAACUACAAGAUGGGCGACAAAUGACUGUUGCUGAAUGGAAACGAAUUCAACAACAGCAACAAAUGUUACAACAGCAGCAGCAACAACAACAACAAAUUCAACCUCAACAAGUGCAGCCGCAACAACAAAUGCCACCUCAAGCUCAAAUGCAAAGUGCUCCACGUAAACCAACACCACAAUUAAAUCAACAAAACAAUAGUAUGGUUUCAAAUAGUCCAGCAAUUACUAACGCACUUCUACAACAAAACAGGCCAGGGGAUCAACAAACACAGCAACAACAUUUACCUCCGCAACCAACAAGAUUUGUUCCAAAUGCAAUUGGUGUAAAACGUUCACCGCGACCACGUGGAGGGGCACGUGGUGGUGCUGGCGGUGUUUGUAAUAUUCUUCGACCGCAAAUACCACAACAAAUGAAUACAAUGAAUCAACGAAUGCCAUUAAAUCAUCAACCUAUACCUGGUCCUGGUAACAAUCAACAUCAACAAAUGAACAAUGUAAACGCUGGAACCAUGAUGAAUUCACCUGCUCGUCCAAUGCAUAUUUUAAAUGCGAAUAACACACGUUUACAACAUGUACCUCAACAGCAACAACAACAACCCCAACCUCAACAAAUGGUUGGUGUUGGUCAACGUAUGCAAAUGCAGCAACAGCCACAACCACGUCCAAAUAUUCCACCAAAUCAACAAAUGAUACGUUUAGGUCAACCUCAACAACAGCAACAACAACAACCAAAUAUGAUGAAUCAACAAAAUAUGCAAAUGAAUAAUAAUUUACAAAAUAAUAAUGCUGGUAUGUUACAGCAACCGAAUAAUUUACAACAACCAAAUAAUAAUAACGCAACUAUGGGUAACACUGUUUAUGGAACACCUAUAACACGAGGUGGACGAGGAGCACGUGGUGCAGCACGUGGUGGUCGAGGUAGUCGCGGUGGCCGAGGUGGUAUUCAUAAUCAAACACAAGCAUUAAACAAUGGUGUUAUGUCUUCUGUGCCACCAUCAUAUAAUAGUACAGAACCACCAGCAUUAAUCUGCACUGGUGGCGUUACGUCUGGAGGUCGUGGUGCAACACGUGGUAUGAAUCAAAACUUUCGCGGAAGUCCCCGUGGAGGUAUGGUUCGAGGAAGAGGUGGACGUGGAGGAGUGGCAAUUCCGUUUAAUCCACAGCCUGUUAUGAAUCAAGAUCAUCUUUCACCACCAAGACAACCAAUGACUCCACAAACGGAACCAUCUAGUCCAGUUACCGAUGAAGUUCGUACAGCUAAAAUGUUGGUUAUGCUAGAAAAUGGGGAGCAAAGGUUAAUUACGUUUUCUUUACCCAAGGAAAGUUGUACAGUCAGGGAACUUUUAGAACAAGUUUUAAUGCAAGUUAAUGUCGAAUUUAUUCCUGGAGUUAGUAAUAUAAGAUGUGUUAGUCAUCCUGGUGCUGAUAUAGAAUAUAUUGUAACUGUAAACGGUCCAGGAACUGGUGCAAAAACUGUUCCUGGACCUGGUACACCUAAUAACUCACCUGGUACUUAUAAUACUGCAGGAAAUUGUGUGAAUCCUCCAGGAAGUUGUUCUAGUACCACAGGAAAUUAUACAUUAAGCUCUGGUAAUGCCGUUCCUCAACAAUUUAACGCCGCACAAAAUGAUCAGAAAAUGUUAAAUAAUCAGCAAAGACCUCCACAGCAAGGGCCAGGUUUACCUCAACAACAACAGCAGCAACCACCGCCAACACUUGAUGCGAACAAAGGCCCAACGCCAAUGGGUACUCCUGGUCAAGUAUCAUCAGCUCCUAAUACUAACAAUCAAUUAUCAUUUCAACAAUCAUUUUGUAAUAAAUUUCAACCGGUUGAUCCCAACUCAUUUCAAUAUCAGCUACAACAACAAAUUAUUAACGAAAAAUGUCCUGAAAAAGUUCAACCACCAGUUCCUGAAAAAGAACCAGUUCCACCAGCAAAAGAGGAAGAGCAACCCAAAUAUGUUGAGGGAAUGUUAGCUUUAUGUCGAUAUUGUGGUUACAUAUCACAGGAUUUCAACCGUUGUGAACGAUGUAAGCGAAAAUUAGAUAAUCCUAAAGCUAUUCCUAAAGAAAUUAAUAAUAAAAAGAAUCCGAUUUCGGAAAAUUCAUCGGAUACUUUUGAUAGUAAAAAUUCACCGGAUAGUAAAAAAAUAUUUCAAAAGCUAGAUAUGGUUAGCAAGAGUGGUGCGAUUACUGUGCGAAAAUGCGGACGACGUGGUAAACAGAAAGUACCUGAACCUGAGCCUGAGGUCUUGACGUUAAGUUCAGAUGAUGAAGAUCCAGAAGACGGGAAAGAUAAACCUUACGAAGAGGUAACAAUAGAAGUUUUACGUGAUAAACUGGGUCUUCAUCACAAAGAACCGUUUAUAGAAGAAGGCGAAUGCGAGGAUCAAACAUCUGAUGAAUAUAUAACGCCGCCUACAUCACCACCUCCACCACAUUUAAAAACAGGAGUAUCUGAGAAUACUGAAAUGGCUGUUACAAAACCCCCGAAAUUAGACAAUUCAUCUGCUAAAACAGUACUUGAAUUCAGCUGCCGAACAGUAAGAAUUGGAAGUUACAAAUGUACACCAACAAACGAGAUAGCUGUAUCAAAAGAUUUGUUAAGGUUACCAGUUCCUAGAAAAGAUAAUACACCUGUAACAUUGAAAUUAAAAUAUAAUCAAAUAGUGAAAAUAUUAGUCCAUUUUGGGAAGUCAUUACCAAUAAUGUUUUUAUACGUAUUACCUGGUGCAGCACGACAAAUUCGUGAAGUAAUGGAAAUGAAAGAUGAUGAAUCAGAAAAAGAUUACUAUUUUAAUCCAACCUCGGAUAAGGCUGGUUUAUAUCGACGCAUUGUUCUAAUACCUUCAGAACUAUCACCUGAAGAUGGAAAGCUACUUAAAUCAUUAUUUGUUGGAAAAUUAGAUGAAUUAAAUCAAGCAGAUGCUAAUGAAAUUUUAAUACGUGCGUGUGGUGAUGCAGCAAAAUUACCACAUAAAGAAAAGUUAGAUGAAAAGUCUGCACUUCAUAAAAUAACAAGAAGUUCUACAGGAUCAAGUUCAUUAACAAAUAUGCCUGUUAAACAAUUGUUGAAGUAUCCAAGGCACGGUAAAGGUGGAAUUCCAAUCUACAGUGAAGAUUAUGCGUGUUUGGCAACCGAUCAAUUUUUAAACGAUGUUAUCAUUGAUUUUUAUUUAAAAUAUUUGUUAGAAACGUGUCUUACUUCAGAUAAACGAGACAAAUUUCAUAUAUUUAGUACGUUUUUUUAUAAGCGAUUAACGUCCAAACCUCAAGUUAAAAAUAGGAAAUCUGUACCAGAUUUUGAAAACGAUUCGUCAUUGAGUGCAGCACAACGACGACAUUUAAGAGUAGCACGUUGGACGCGUGGUAUUGAUAUUUUUGAAAAAGAUUUUGUUAUAAUACCAAUCAAUGAAUCGUCACAUUGGUUCUUAGCAAUUAUAUGUUAUCCUAAUUUAGAAGGGGCGAGAAGACUUAGCGAUGAUAAACCGGUUGAUAUUAAGAAUAUUACAAAAACAUCAAAAAGUAAAAAGUAUCAAAUUCAAAUUGGAAAUACAAUACUUACAGCCAUAAAAAGAGAAGCGAAAAAUUCAACAGAUUUAAUGAAUAUGCAAUCGGAAGAUAUUGAUGGUAGUGAUCGUGAUGAAGCUGAGGGUAGUGACAGUGAUUUAGAACAUAAUGAUAGCGAAGAAGAUACUCCACCAGAUGAAUCGAGUGCAGCAACAAUCAAAGAAGAGAAUAAAAAUCCUCGUGAAAAUGGUGACGUUCAUCAAAACGCUAUUAAACAACCUUGUAUAUUAAUAUUUGAUUCAUUAUCAGCGGGAACAUCUCGAUCACGUGUUGUAGCAACGUUAAGAGAUUAUUUAACGUGGGAACAUCGUGAAAAAUUCAAAUCGACAAAAACAUUUAAUAAAUUAAACAUGAGGGGCCAUACACCAAAAGUACCGCAACAAACUAAUUUUACAGAUUGUGGACUUUACGUAUUGCAGUAUGUUGAAGCAUUUUUAACGAAUCCCAUCAAAGAUUACAAUAUACCAAUAAAACAUCUGAAACACUGGUUUAGUGAAUUUACGGUAACGAAGAAACGUGAAGAUAUUGCCAAUUUAAUCAAAGAGUUAAUGGUUAGCUAUGGGCAUGAUACGAAUAUGAUUCCAGAAAAUAUUUCAUUUCCUACUCUUAACGGCGUUCUAGUCGAACCAUCAGAUACUGAUCAUGAUAUGGAUGAGAUGCGACGAAACCAAUUUAGAGAUCACGAUGACGAUGAAGAAUUAGAUGAUGAAGAAAUGAUGGAUGCUGAAGAUGAAGAAGAUGAUGAAGAACUAGACGAAGAAUAUGCCGACAAACAUCUUGACAUGGACGAUGAAGAUAAAGAAAUGUUAGAUGAAGAAAUUCCACGACGUGUCCACAGUCCAACAACAGUAUCGUCACGACCAGCAAUAAAACAUCAUUUUAAAUGUAAAUCAAAUAGUAGUAGUAACAAAACGUUUGUAAAUCGUAAAAACAAAUUAAAUAGUAACAGCAGUGGUGGACAUUAUAAAAGAAUAGAACGUGAACGUGAGCGUGAACGUGGUGAAACUGCAUCAUCAGACGAGAGUGGUAGUGUUAAUCAAUCGAGUAACUUAAAAGCGAUAAGUGUAAAUUAUGGUAGUGAUAGUUCAAGUAAAAGUAAUAGGGAUACAAUGUCGUAUUUAAAAGCGAAACGUAUUGUUCGGCAUAAACCUAAUGAAAAUGAAACGACCUCAAAACGACAAAAAAUAGAAUUUUCACCUUAAAUUAAGUAUUUCAUUUUAUAUAUUUAUAUAAAACAAAGUGUAU